AUGCCGGACAGAUACUAUGAGUUUGAUCCUGAGGGAGACGUAACGUUCGUCUUUGAAGAUGUCCCAAAGUCUCUGCCAUAUCGUUUAGGCGAGAUCAAUGCAUCAUUCCUCUCGGGAAUCUAUGACCGAAAACAAUCAUAUCCCACCUCCAUGAGCUCAGAAGUAGCGAUAAAUCGUACCCCAACGACCAACUUAGUGCAAGCGGUCAAAAGCGCCCUCUCUCCCAGCUUGCAUAUUCGUACAUCCUCGAAACACCUGAUGCUCGCUAGCCCGCAUUUCAAGCGCACAUUCCAAAAGGGGUUCCAGGAAGGCAACGAGCUUCAAUCUACAGGCUACGUGAAGAUAACGACUCAUGAUUGGAAGCCUUUGCCUUUCCUACUAUUGAUGGCUAUCCUUCACGGCCAGAGCCAGUUAGUACCGCGAAAACUACCCUUGCGUCGACUGACCGAGAUGGCUAUCCUUGUUGACUAUUACGAGUGUUACGAGGCUGUCGCUAUGUUUGCCGAUCUAUGGACUGAAGGCAUAGAGGAAAGACAGCAAAAGCUAUCUAUGGGAAACGCUAUCAAGUGGCUAUGUAUUGCAUGGGUCUUUCGACAGAACCGCGCCUUCAAAGACAUAACGAGGCAUCUCCAGCUUGAAAGCAAAGAACGGGUCACGCCAAAUGGAUUACCAAUUCCUACAAAUCUCAUAGAUACGCUGCAAAAGUCGAGGGAAAUGAGCAUUGGCAAGGUCAUCGACAGCCUUCAUGAACUUCUUGAACGCUUACGCCACGGGCCCCAGCAGUGUGGCUUUGGAUGCGAUAUCAUGAGACUGGGAGCAUUGGCUAAAGGGAUGGAUGAGCUAGAAAUACUUUCGCCAAAGCCCGAGGCACCAUUUUCCGGCUACAGUUUCAUGAGUUUGAUGGCCGGGUGUUACGAAAUCGACAAGUCAUACACAUACGAUAGCUGUAGGCUGAUGUCCGAUGUCCUUGAAAUGGUGGGCAACGAGUUUCCCUUGCUGGACGCCGGUUUCAGUCUUGAAUCGUUUUCUUCUCUGCGAACGAAGGCCUGA